GCCAUAAGCUCUGACUCGACUAGUAGUGUUCGAGUAAAGAGCCUUCACAAGGUUUAUGUACUUCUGGGGUACGCCUUUCAAUGACAGACACUGCCACAGAAUCUCGCGGUCUACCGAGUCAAACGCUGCUUUUAAGUCAAGAAAGACCACCAUUGUCGGACGCCGAUAGGUAUGCCUGUGUUCUAGAACCUGACGAAUGGUGAAUAUGUGGUCGAUGCAGCCACGACCAGGUCUAAAGCCAGCUUGGUUCUCUCGUGUUUGUAGUUCACGAGUCUUAGUUAGGCGUCUGAUAAUUAUCGAGGCCAGUAUUUUAGAUACUAUGUUUGUUAAACUAAUCCCUCUGUGGUUGUCACAGGAUGAUUUUGACCCUUUCUUAUAUAUUGGGACGAUGAGUGAUUGCGACCAGUCAGAUGGGAUAAAGUCUAAUUCCCAGAUCUUAGCUAAAAUAUUAGUCAACCUAAUCGCUAAAAUUGGACCACCAUCCUUAAAGACCUCUGGGGCCAAUCCAUCUGGACCAGCUGCCCUUCCUCGUUUCAGAUUAACUAUAGCCUUUUGAACUUCAGCAAGAGUUGGGGGACCUACUUCAAUGUUCCAUUCACAUUGUCUGGGAAUGGAGGGUAGUUGUCGAGUAGCUGAAGGCC